AUGAUAAUUUCAAUUUACAGAGAGUUCAUUUAUAUCAGCUAUUCAACGUUAGAUAUGAGAAAUUGCGAAAAUUCUAAUAUAGCUGGUCAUAUUAUGCGGGAGCAUGAACCUAUAUUGGCUUUUGGAUCCCACCUUCACAACACUGGACUCAAUGUCUGGUAUAUGCUUGUGCCAGAGAUAUCACAGUCAGAUUUCUUGAUUUCUAGGCUAAAAAAAGUGGCAGAUAUGAGUCUGUGUAGUGCGAUUAGAGGCACAGCGACCUUCAAGGAAAGUGUAAUUAUUAGGGGAUUUCAACAGUCAUUCAAGCUUUUAAACUUAAACUUUUGA